AUGUCUGAUCAGAGGGAGCAAGUUCCAGCAUUGCCUUCUACUUCAAAACAAGAGAGCAAACAAGUCAAAGAUAUUGACUCUUUAGUACUUAUUAGUGACAGCAGUAAAGAAUUCCCCGAGUUAAGAAACAAACCAAGUGUGGAAGUUCACUCCAAACUUCAUUCAAAACCCUUGCAACAUGAUUUCAUCCCAGAAGAGAUAUUUGUUGCUCUGACUUCUGCUGCCAAUCCAGUCCAAUACCCUCCUUUUUUAAGACCACCCAAGAAAACAAAAAGUUUUGACUUUCAGGGUUGCAUCCGUACAGCUGAUGGAGUCUGGCAACAUCCUAUUCGUAGAAAUAAAUUUCGAUACCUGAUACAGCAUCCUAUCUGCUUGACUGGAGCUGGAAGGGAUGUCUCUUUUCUGUAUGAUAUCAUCUCUCAAAAAGGAGCAAGGGGUCCUUCCUCAGGUGCUGUACCUCAUAAAAGUUUGAAGCAGGACGCAAAUGCAGCUAAGCCUAGAGCAAAUGUAGCAGACACCCUUGUUCCAGAGGAAUUUCAUAUUGUAAAGAACAGAGGUGUCCUGGGUUUGGAAUAUUAUGAUGAUAAAUAUACAACUCUGCUUGAAGAUGAGGAAAACAGGCUGCGGGUUUUUCCAUCUAUGAAGCCCGCUGGGAGGCUGGAAGUUCUCCAGCUGAUGAAAGUGAUGGAUACUCUGCUGGAAAAGGCUGGAACAAAUGAUGAGAAUGUUGGUGUAGCAGGGCUUUCGCAGAUGCACAAUGUCCUGGAGGUGAUAAAGGUGGAACAGAACAUCUACAAUAUUGUGUUUCAUGAAAUCAUUCGACAAGUCAGCGUGGAUUGUGCAGAGCGAGGAGAGCUCCUCUCUAAACUCAGACAAAGAUAUGUGGAAUUGCUAGAACGAAUUCCUAGACAGAUGAGGAAUCUCUACAAAGAAAUGAUGGCACAGAGAGUAAUGGAUAAACACAUUACUGAUGAGUUAUUCCAUUUCAAGCAAGCUAUAGGACAGCUGACAAGGGAACUAAAUACUAUCCGAGAACAUGACCAUAGAACCACCUUGGAAGCCGAAAAAGCCUACAAGGACCUGGCAAAAGCAGUAAAGGAGUCAGAGAUGAAUGCGAAUCUUUUAGAUGAAUAUCGUGAGCUGUACGAACUGCAGAGGGCAAGACUGGAGGCUCAGAUUCAUCAGUUAACGCUAGAAAAAGAAUUGUGGAGCAGUGCCACAUAUGAUAUAGCCUUAAAGGUAGUUGAAAAGAACAAGCUGAUACUGGCUCGGAGAAUGUAUGACAGUGAAAAGGCUUGGAUCAAAGGGAUGAGGCACUUCCUAAUGCUAUUGGCGUCUCAGGAUUCUAUUGAUCUUUCUAAUCUACAGCAUUGGACACAGGAAUUCCGGGAGCUUUUGAGAGAUAUUGAUGUACAGGUGGAGCAGGUUGAAGAAACUACAAGAGAAAGGGCAAAAAGUAUUCAGAAUGGUUUGACGGGUUGGCUCAAUUACUUCCAAAAUCAUAUUCUUGGAAAAGGAACUUAUAGUUUUGAAAAGGGAGCUAUUUUGCUAGAACAAAUCCUUGUGGAUCUCAAGGUUUGGGAAAAGAUGUUAAAUGAUGAAUUGACUCAGUAUGGGGGUGAUGUGCUUCUUUUGAGACAAGAUCCCCUCAAGACAGCAACCAAAUUGCAGAAGCAGUGGGUUGAUCUGGGAGUUGCUUUGCAUGGCCGUCACAAAGAUCACCAUGGCAGGAGGCCAGUUGAGUCACAAAUGCUGGAAGAAAUCAAUAAAAACUGCCAUCGUCUCAAUGAACAGUACUGUACAAGGGUUAAUGGGGAAAAUGGAUCUGCCAAAAUCGUAAUAACUUUAGUGAACAGUUUGGAAGAGUGGACAUUCAAAUUGUUAUCCAGCAAGCAGAAGAAGGGAUUAUAUGAAGCUGACUGGUUAAAUUUUUUCCAAGCUGUUUCUGAUUGGCUGGUCCAGUUGGAAGAUCUGCUGAAAAUUACUGGUACUUCUGAGUCUCUACAAGAACAAAAGCUUAGGACAUUUGCAUCUUGCCAGGUGAUGAUACCUGCGGAUGUGUUCAAGAAGAUUCAGAAUUGGCUCCUGACAACUACUAAUAGUUCUGAAAAAGAAAAUGCUCAGCUUUCUCUGGAGUUGACUGAUUUCCACAAUGUUCUGAGCAAAUGGAUGGUCAACCUGCUGAUGCACAUGGUGCCAGAGCACACCUGUUCUGAUACUAUCCCUUUGAGUGACACUGAAGUAUCAAUGCAAGCAGAACGCAAGAUGCUGAAUAUUUUGAAUCUUGAAAAAGAAGUAAUGGGUCUGGUUGCUCACAUGAGCCAGUUUUCCUCUUAUCUAGUCAGUUGCUGCAAAGAAAUGGUUUCAGUUACAACACGUAAGAAACUGGCUACCUCUGACCCUGAUGCAGAAUACGAAUUGCAACAGUUAGAGAAGAUCAAGACAGAGUGCCUGGAUUGGAUUGAUACAUGCAACCUUCUUUUAUCUGGAAUGAAGUAUUCUCCCACCAAGUUAAUUGGCCAAGAGCAGCUUAUACAUUACUUUGGAUCAGAGGUCUUUCAACCAAAACGAAAGCUUCCCCCUCACCCCGAGCAUACCCUGGAGAGCACUUCUUCCACUCAAGUAGAAGAAACUCUUGUUGAAGUCAAGAAAGUGGAGGAAGCAGGUUCCGAGCAAAGCCCAGAAAAGGAGCCCAUAUUGGAAAUACAGAAAAAGCCAUCUCUACCUGGCACUAGCAGUGAAAUUCCAGAGGAAAGCCCUGAGAUUGAUUAUCAAAUGAGAUACAUUGCCCACGAUGCUAACGUGUAUUGCAAAACCUUGACCGCCGAAAAAAUUACAGUUUCAGGGAGAGAAUUGUAUGCCAGCCAGCCAACCACCGAAUUCUCUAAAAAGGAAUUUCAGAUAUUAGCUUCAUUAGAAAUUCUGGAGGAAAGGCUCAUAGAUGCUGAGAAACGAGCCCAGGAGGCUGAGGAAAAAUCAGAAACCCUUCAUGAGGAGUUGGAGGAAGCUCUGAAAAAACUCCAGGAUAUAGAGGAUGAGGAACCAGGGUCUAAAGAUUUUGGCAAAAAAGCAGAAAAAUCUGAAGAAACCUCUCGCAAGAAAGCAUCUGAUAAAACUGGUCAUUCUAAACCACCCACUCCCCGACCUAAGAAAUCCCCUAAACCCAAGCGCUGA